AAGUCCGCUUCCUUCUUCUAGCGGCUCGGCGUCUAUAUUUAAUAGCUUUAUUAAUACGACGGUGACGCUGCAGGAGCCGCCUCGGACGGACCCCGACUAGAAAAGCGUCACUUUAAAAAAAUAACUAUAACUUUAUCAUGAUGGAUGUUUGCUUAAUGUGUCGGUCUGCGCUAAAGCCACGAACACGACUCGUUUAAACCUUUGCGGUUGUUUUACUGCUCGUUGCUGCUUUUUAAUACAUUUGAACUGUUGUUGACGUGAGGGGCGGGGCAGCGGUGACCUGUUGUUGUUGUUGUUGUUUGUGUCUGUUCAGCUGUUGAAGAGUCAUGGCUGCAGGCAAAACACGCUCCACGCGCCGACUGCGCUCUUGGAUCGUGGAACAGAUCAGCAGCGGGAAGUUCCCGGGGCUGGUGUGGGACGACGACGCCAAGACCAUGUUCCGGAUCCCGUGGAAGCACGCAGGGAAGCAGGACUUCCGCAAGGACGAGGACGCGGCCAUCUUCAAGGCCUGGGCAGAGUUCAAAGGGAAGCUGGCGGACGGGGAGCAGGCCAACCCGGCCUUCUGGAAGACGCGCCUGCGCUGCGCCCUCAACAAGAGCGUGGAGUUCAGCGAGGUGAUGGAGCGGGCGCAGCUGGACAUCUCCGAGCCCUACAAGGUGUACCGCCUGGUCCCCAUCAGCGAGCAGGGUCUGACGGUUCCUGAAAAGAAAUGCAAAGAAAAAAGCACGAGGAGAUCGAAGCGGAGGAGCAGAGACUCGGAGAGCGACGACUCCUGUCACGUCAAGCAGAUCAAAAAGGAGGAGGUCAAGUCUGAGAGGAGCCCUGAAGACACCCUGCUGCACAACAGAUUCACACUCCACAUAGAGGUGCCAGACGAGCAGAGCAGCAGCAGCACCACCUCCACCACCGUUCCCGGAAAGGGGGUUGAUGAGAUCACGCUGCGGAUCGAGGAGAGCUUUCCUUCUCCUGCAGCAGCCCAGGACUCCUUCAGUGUGGCCGUUUAUUAUUUAGGACAGGAGGUCCUCACACGUCAAAUCCAGGGCACCGACGUUCGGAUCAUGUACCUGCCUUCGUCCAUGGAGCCGCUGACGCCGGCCGUCCUCAUCGACAGGUUCCCCCGCAUCCCGCUGCCCCAGCCGCCCCCCACGCUGCCGGCCGGCCCGGAGCUGCAGGCGCUGUCCACCCUGCUGCCCUAUAUGGAGAAAGGAGUGGUGCUGACCUCCACGGCGCAGGGGGUUUAUGGCAAGAGGUUCUGCCAGGGCCGGGUGUUCUGGACGGGGCCGCACACGACCACACCGGAGCUGCACAAGAUGGAGAGAAACGUGCAGCCCAUGCUGCUGUUCAGCAAAGAAACCUUCAAACAACAGCUGGACCAGUUCCACUCCAACGGCGGCGAGCGUCCUCAGUGCGGCUUCACUCUGUGCUUUGGAGAAGAGCUGAAUGAAAGUGAAGACCCAGCCAGAAAACUCAUCAUUGUGCAGGUAAAGAUCACGCUGCCCUGGGCCGAGCAGCAGGUCCAGAACGCCCAGUCUGUCAUCCAGUCCAUAAGCCUUCUCCAGUCUCUGGCCAGUCAGUCUCCGCUGGGCGAGAUCACGCUGAACCUGGUCACAGUGCCGUCGCCAGGCUCCGAGACCAACACCUCUGGGACUGUGUGAGGUCUUUCAUGAAGCAGCACUUCCCUUUUGCCACUGUGCUGAGAGAGGCUGAGCCAUAUGUGGAGGUCAUUAGCAAAUCUAGCUAAAUUCAGAUUGCAGAAUCCUUCCUCCUCAUGGGUGGCAUUAACAUAAUGUGGUCAUUAUUUACAUAUUGCCCCAACAGCACAAAACUAAACUUAUAGCACUUCAAGAAAAUCAUUUGCUUGACCUUAGUCACAGAUUUGACACUUUAUGACUAGAAAUCAACAGAUAAUUUAAAAAUUGGACUUUGGAUGCUGAGCUCAUUGUGAUGGACCAGUAGAUGAGUGAACACUACAUGUAAGCUGACAUUUUCAUCAAAGACACUUCCCAUCCUGCAGGUCUGUGCGUCCCCAAAGCCAGAACCCCAAAACCCCAAGAUCAGCAGAGAUGAACCAGAGAAACACCAGUUCACUUUCAAAUAGCUACUAGUAUUGCUGUUCACUAACGUCAGGUUACAACAGAAUCAUGUUUAUGCUACCGCACUAGAGGAACUUUUACCGUGUAUGCUUCUAGAUUUCAAAUAUUCCAUUUAAGUGAAGUAGAACCUGUUUGAGUAGCACAGUUGUGAGAUCACAUUUCUUCCAAUGCAGCACCUGUAAAUUGUGGCUUCUGUUGAACACAGACAAUACAGCUGCUAUUGUGGGUCGAUAGUCGUCUUUUAAUGGGUCAAAGUUACACGGCUACAGCAAAGCGCUGGGUCUGGGUCAGUUCUUAUGAAACCCUAAUUGUUAUGUGUGAAAUCUUUAUGUCCACCUACAGUAUGUACGAUCCUGUAAACAUGACAUUAGUGCUGUUCUACUACUAGAAGACAGAACCCGCUUAAAAAGCUUAGGUUCACAGACAGUACAAGUGGAUCAUUGAUCGGCGGCGGUUUGGCCCUGCUGGUUGUUGACGCCUCUUCCUGUUCCUCUUUCCUACUGAAGUCAUUUGUUUGGUGAAACAUGCUCUGAAUUAAAGGAUGUCUCAAUGUCUGACGCCGGAGGUGACAUGCAGAGUUGUUAGUAGAAUUCUAAACAACAUCAAUUACAGGGUAAACAAUGUUGUGAGGUUUAAAUACAUGAAAAUAAAACUACCACAGCUUAACAGUUAUUAAACAACUCAAUCAUGAACUGAAACAACCAGCAGCAAACCACCACCGUCACGUUAACCGACACCGAUAUUCACAGCAGCUGUUUGUUUGUUUGUCUGCUCCGUUCAUUGUAACAAAGAUCACAGGUGCUUAUUCAUAGUGUUUAAAUGUUACAGUGGAGUCUUCCUGUCAGGCAGGAGUUGAACUGGACCAUCAGACACUCUCGAGAGGCUACAGAGAUCUACCAAGGUGUAAAUAUUUUCUUAUUUAUCCAUGUUCCGUUUUGUCCUGUUCAGUCGAGGAGAUGCAUUAAAAAUGAACAUUCCUAAA